GCAAAUUUCACAGAAUAGGAACGGGUCACUUGGGCCAAGACUCACACAAUAGCUGUCAUCUGAUACAAGACUGCUGGUCACUAAGGUUGACCAAACACAGACAGUGUUACAUGUAGGAAACAGGACACCAGAUACAGGUCAACAGUGAGGUCAUCAAGGCACUGACCGGUUCAUUGGCCAGUUGUUUGUGUGAUUCACAUAAGUCCUGGAGGAUGACCCAGCUUAUGGCCGUUACCUGGUAGGGAAAGGAGGUAUGCCCAAUGCUGCAGGCACACUACAGCUGGAUGCUGCUCUCAUGGAGGGCAGGUCACUACAGUAUGGGGGUGUGGCCGCUCUAGAGGGGAUCUCUACCCCCAUCUCAGUGGCUCGAAGAGUGAUGCAGGGGUCGCCACAUAGCCUGCUAGUGGGACAGGGUGCCCUGGAGUUUGCUAAGAAGUGUGGCUUCACUACUCAGUCUAACGAUCAUCUGCUGACAGCACAAGGAAGGGAAGAAUAUGAAAAAUUUUCUCAUAGAUUACACUAUGAGAGCCUGUUUGAUAAGCAUGACACAUUGGGUGUUAUUGCUCUGGAUAGGCAUGGGCAGAUUGCAGUAGGUGUGUCAUCUAGUGGUGCCCCUUUUAAGGCUGUGGGAAGAGUUGGUGACAGUCCCCUACCAGGAGCAGGGCUCUAUGCAGAUGAUAAAGCAGGAGCUGCCUGUGCCACUGGGGACGGAGAUAAGAUGAUGAGAUUCUGCCCUAGCUUCCAUGUUGUACAACUCAUGAAACAGGGACUGUCUCCCUCAGAAUGCUGUUCCAGUGUUGUAGCAGAGAUGGUAGAGAGACUUGGGGAAGAUCCACCAUUAGAAAUAGGCCUCAUAGCCAUGAAUAUGCAGGGUGAAAUAGGAGCAGGUAGCACUGUUAAAAUCUCCGGAGGGCAUAAUGGAAGUUCAUCUUACAAUGGAUUUGCUUAUGCUGUGUGGCAACACGAUUGUGAAGACCCCAAGAUACUGGUUCACAGCUGACGUAUUCUGUAUGGUAACAUGACAGUAAGGCAGCAAGGAAACUGGUUCACAGCUGUACUAUGGUGUAUGGUAACAUGACAGUAAGGCAGCAAGGAAACUGGUUCACAGCUGUACUAUGAUGUAUGGUAACAUGACAGUAAGGCACCAAAGAUACUGGUUCACAGCUGACGUAUUCUGUAUGGUAACAUGACAAUUUAUAAGGCACCAAAGAUACUGGUUCACAGCUGUACUGUGGUGCAUGGUAACAUGACAGUAAGGCACCAAAGAUACUGAUUUACAGCUAAGUUAUGCUUUAUGGUAACAUGGCAGUAAGGCACCAAAGAUACUGAUUUACAGCUAAGUUAUGCUUUAUGGUAACGUGGCAAUAAGGCACCAAAGAUACUGAUUUACAGCUAAGUUAUGCUUUAUGGUAACAUGGCAGUAAGGCACCAAAGGUUCUAGUUUACAGCUGACCUGUGAUGUAUGGUAACAUGACAGUAAGGCACCAAAGAUACUGGUUUACAGCUGACCGUUGGUGUAUGGUAACAUGACAGUAAGGUACCAAAGUUACUGGUUCCACAGCUGACCUAACAUUACAUAAAAGGAACCAGGAUUUUGGUUCAAGGUUGACCUAUGCUGUAUGAUAACUUGAUGGUACAUCCUUGUACACAUUACAUUACGAAUAUGUAAUCAGUUUGGAUAAGUCACAGCACAGCUGUCUGUGCCUGAUGUAUAAGAAUUUAAAGCUAUGAUCAGCUAUAUGCCAGGAUUUGCUAUAAUGUAAUCUUGUGAAUUAAUUGAGUAAAGAAACUGAAAAUAAAUUCUUUUAUCCCGUAAAAAAUGCAUUUAUUGUCAGGUCAAAAUAGAAUAUAAGGGGCUCAAUCUUUCUUACAAUACAAAACAAUAUUAAUAGAGAUUAUGCUGUAAAUGCAAAGCUGUUUAAAGUACAGACAAAGAAAAUAACGACAGUGCACAAAAUGUUUUUCUUUUUUCAAUUUUGAUAUAAUUUUGCAUUUCAUUUUACAGCAGAAUCUCCACCACUAUUGUUACCUUGGAAAUUGAGCAAAAGGUUCAAUUAAGCUGCUUUUUGAGCUUGACCUCCAUUAAAUGCUAUUAAUCCCAUCAGAAAAUUUGAGGCUAAGGCACUUGCAUUUACAGUGAAAAAUGCACGGUAACAAUGGUUUUGAUUACGACGGUGGCUACAUGUUCAGAUUGCGUCUGUUCAUAAAAAUCACAAAAUACAAAUCAUAUCAAAUUAAUUUCAUUUUAUUUACAGAUUUACAUAGUUAUUGUCCUUAAAAUAUGUUAAUGGCAAUAUUUACUUGGUAUUCUAUAAAAUGUGCUAAUCAUAAGUAUUGUGGAUGUAGUCAUUAAGCAUGCUCCUAUUCCUUAAAAUUAAGGAUACAAAUAAUUUCUAACUGGUCCAAUGCUAUAACGCAAGAGAACCUUCAUUUUCAGUGUACAAAAAGCUUUUCGUAAGUUCUUUUCAUGCUACACAUGUAUAUAAACGUGAAAAAGAUGCAUAAGUGGAUGCAUAAAAGAGCCUUUUAAUAACAAUAAAUCACAGCAUGCCAUACUUCAUUAUAACAAUUACUUUAGAUUAUGCCUCUGCCUAAUUAAUCCAACUUGGCCUACAACACAGCACCAUAUGAAGGUCACAACAAUGACCUCCCUUUUUUGGGACAUGGCAUACACUGCACAACUUAGCUAUGAAAUAUAUAGUAUGGCAUAAUGAAAAUUUUUGUAGUUUUUUUUUUAAAGGAAACUCAAUGUUAUCCUAUGCUGUGUUAUUUAACAAAAAUUGCCUCAGACAUUGUGAAUCUAUUUCACACUCCUUAUAAGUUAAGAUAAUUUUACAUAUAUUUACAUAGGUAUGAUGACAAGUUAAAUAAGAGUCUACAUACAUACAAAUGUAUUUGGUAUACUGUAAGUAAUAACAUAAUUAGAAUUUUGACCUCUUUCCUUGGAAAGUAAUUUUAAAUAGCUCACAUGAUUUGCACAUAAAUUGACACUAAUUAUCAAGUACACAAAGAUCGUUGUGUACAGUGUGCUGUUCUCACAGUAAUUAGGUACUAAUGAACUUGACUUCAUGUGUCUGUGUUCCUAUUUUACCCCUAUCAAAUUCUAUGUCUCCUAAAGUUUUGAAUCUAGACUUCAUCAUCAAAUCCCACCGCUGCCACCAAAUAUUGUAAUACCACCACCUGUGCAUAUAGUCUAGCAGUACUAAAAUGUCAUGGUCUUCAACCUAUAAUUACAACUUAUGACAGUUCAACUGGUUUUCCUGCAUUUGUAAGCAAUAAAAUUGGUACAUCUGAACUCGCAUUAACUUUACAAAAAUCGGUGAUCACCCAACUUUUCUUUUAAUUUUACAUAUAAAACAACACAUUUUCUUCACAUAAUAAUUUUUUGCACUGAUUUAUCAUCUAACUUUUAACCAAAGUUAUCACAGAAGAGAUAAACAGGAGAUCAGUUAGCAUCCCUGAAAUAAUAAUUAUCUCUCUC